AGUAUAAACCAGUAUGGACCAGUAUGGGACCAUAUGGGACCAGUAUGGACCAGUAUAAACCAGUAUGGGACCAGUAUGGGACCAGUAUGGACCAGUAUAAACCAGUAUGGACCAGUAUGGACCAGUAUAAACCAUAUGGCACCAGUAUGUACCAGUAUAAACCAGUAUGGGACCAGUAUGGGACCAGUAUAAACCAGUAUGGACCAGUAUGGGACCAGUAUGGACCAGUAUAAACCAGUAUGGCACCAGUAUGUACCAGUAUGGGACCAGUAUAAACCAGUAUGGACCAGUAUGGGACCAGUAUGGACCAGUAUAAACCAGUAUGGACCAGUAUGGACCAUAUGGGACCAGUAUAAACCAGUAUGGACCAGUAUGGACCAGUAUAAACCAGUAUGGGACCAGUAUAAACCAGUAUGGGACCAGUAUGGACCAGUAUAAACCAGUAGGGACCAGUAUGGGACCAGUAUGGACCAGUAUAAACCAGUAUGGACCAGUAUGGACCAGUAUGGACCAGUAUGGGACCAUAUGGGACCAGUAUAAACCAGUAUGGACCAGUAUAAACCAGUAUGGGACCAGUAUGGACCAGUAUGGACCAGUAUGGACCAGUAUAAACCAGUAUGGGACCAGUAUAAACCAGUAUGGGACCAGUAUAAACCAGUAUAAACCAGUAGGGACCAGUAUGGGACCAUAUGGACCAGUAUGGGACCAGUAUGGACCAGUAUAAACCAGUAUGGACCAGUAUGGAUCAGUAUGGACCAGUAUGGACCAGUAUGGACCAGUAUAAACCAGUAUGGACCAGUA